ACAUCUCAUCUUUCCCGUAUACUACUCCGUUAACAUUGAAGGGAGAAUAAGAGAGACAGAGGGAGAUGGCAUCGUCGGUGGUGAAGAACGCGUUGAAGGCAAUCAGAGAGAAAGGCCUAGGCAACUUCUUCAGGGAACUCAAGGAAGAAGGCUACACGAAAUGCUUUCCUGAUGGAAACCUUUUGCAGACCAAGAUCCACAAUAUAGGGGCUAAGCUUGUGGGUGUUGAUAAAGUUGGUAACCGCUAUUAUGAGAAACUUGACACUCAGUAUGGGCGACACAGGUGGGUGGAAUAUGCAGAGAAGGGUCGCUACAAUGCUUCCCAGGUGCCAGCAGAAUGGCAUGGUUGGCUCCAUUACAUAACCGAUAACACUGGAGAUGAGCUUCUGAUGCUGAAACCAAAGAGGUAUGGGAUUGAGCACAAGGAAAACUUUUCUGGAGAGGGUGAAGAGUUGAUCUACCAUUCCAAGGGACAUGCCCUUAAUCCAGGGCAGAGAGACUGGACCAGAUACCAACCAUGGCAACCCACCAAGGCUUAAGCCUUUCCUUCAGCCCAAAUCACCGGUAAAACUCGGGAAAUCUUCUGGAUAUUUGUCUCCUAGAUUCAUGAAUAAAUGCCUUGUACCAUUUUGAAGCUUUGAGAUCUUAACACAUGUUUCACUAGAAGAAACAGUGACCCAUUUAACUUCAUUAUCCGAUUAAUGGAACCUAUUAUGUUGUUGAGUA